AUGCCCUCCCCGUCGCCAACCCGCGAGCGGGAGAGGGACCGUUCCCGCAACCGUUCCCGCUCGCCCCGCCGCGACCGCCCCCGCAAGGCGGGCGGUGGUGGUGGUGGUGGGUUCCGCUGGAAGGAAAAGCCCUCGCGCGCCGUGUUCGAAGAGGAGCGCGAGCGGGGCGGCGGCGACGACAAGCUCCAGCGCGGAUACCGAGCCAACCGCAGCCCGCCGCGCCGCCGCCACGACGACGACAACGAUGGCCGGGAUGACAGGCGCGAAGACAACGGCCGGGAUCGUGACAGGGACUACCGUCGUCGCAGCAGGAGCCCGCGCGAUCGCGAGAGGCGGGAGCGCCGGCGUGACGACAAGAAGCGCGAGGAGGCGGACGAUAGGCUGGGCGUGGCGGACAAGUUUGGCGGCGGCGGUGGAGGGGCUGCCGCUGGUGGUUCGCGCAAGGAUGGGAAGGCGAAGAAGCCUCAGCCCAAGGCUGCGCCCUCGCAGGAGGCUAUGAUCAUCGUCACCGUCAACGAUCGGCUGGGCACCAAAGCUCAGAUACCUUGCCUGGCUUCUGAUCCAAUCAAGCUCUUCAAGGCCCAGGUUGCUGCACGCAUCGGUCGUCAGCCGCAUGAGAUUAUGUUGAAGAGGCAAGGAGAGCGCCCUUUCAAGGACCAGUUGACUCUGGAAGACUACGGUGUCAGCAAUGGAGUGCAACUCGACCUUGAGCUCGAUACUGGCGACUAA